CGAAGUGAUCGAGAAUAAGUAUCACAGAGUGAACGCAGUGAGACAAUCAUUUACGCAGCACACUCACAGCAGUUAAAAAUGAUGACCAAAAUCUUUGUUCUUAUUGGCGCUCUCGUGGCAGUCUGUUCCGCCGGAGUGAUUCCAGCGAUUCCGGCAAUUCCAGCGGCAGUACCCGCAGCUCUGACGGUUGGUACCUACGCCACGAGUUACAACGCACACGCCAUUAAUCAUGCCAUAGCCACUCCAUACGUAGCGGCUGCAGCACCAUUGGCUUAUUCGGCUUAUUCCACUCUGCCGGCGGCGGCUUAUUCGGCUUAUUCCGCUCCAAUCAUCGCCGGAAGACGCUAAAAACAGCUGGAAAAAAAUUAAACCAUACUGACCUCUGGGCUCUGUCCGUUAGAUCUGACAAACACUAACUGGCAAUUGAUAUCGCGACAUACGAUAUCUAAUUUUCUCCAGACCUUUCUUCUUUACAUUAUACAAUUAUGCAUAUACACACUAA